AUGAGUUACAUGCAGGCAAACCAAAAUCGGCCAAUGGGCCAACAAGGACACUAUCAACAGGGUCCUAACGACCUUCCAAUGCCUUCGUCAAAAGAACAAACCCUCAUGUGGCAGCAGAACUCCUACAUGGGUGACUCAGGCAUCCAUUCUGGAGCCGCCACUCAGGUCCCGUCGCUCACCGGCAAGGAGGACGAAGAGAUGGAUCUGUUUGAUCUCGACCAAGGUUAUGGUCAGGGUUUCACCCAAGACCAAGUGGACGAGAUGAACAACCAGCUCAACCAGACUCGCUCGCAAAGGGUGCGCGCCGCCAUGUUUCCGGAAACCCUGGAAGAAGGCAUCGAGAUCCCCUCGACCCAAUUCGAUCCCGGUCACCAGACCGCGGUUCAACGUCUGGCCGAGCCCAGUCAAAUGUUGAAGCAUGCCGUCGUCAAUCUGAUCAACUAUCAGGACGAUGCCGAUCUGGCCACACGGGCUAUUCCCGAGUUGAUCAAACUUUUGAACGACGAGGAUCAAGUGGUCGUGUCCCAGGCAGCCAUGAUGGUUCACCAACUGUCGAAGAAGGAAGCUUCCAGACAUGCCAUCAUGAACAGCCCGCAAAUGGUUGCUGCGUUGGUACGCGCCAUCUCUAACUCUAACGAUUUGGAAACCACUAAAGGCGCCGUAGGCACUCUGCACAAAUUGUCGCACCACAGGCAAGGUCUACUCGCCAUCUUCAAGAGCGGCGGCAUCCCAGCCUUGGUGAAACUCCUUUCAUCCCCAGUGGAAAGCGUUCUCUUCUACGCCAUCACCACCCUGCACAACCUGCUGCUUCACCAGGACGGAUCCAAAAUGGCCGUGCGUCUGGCAGGCGGUCUGCAGAAGAUGGUCGCCUUGUUGCAACGUAACAACGUCAAGUUUUUGGCCAUCGUGACCGAUUGCCUGCAAAUUUUGGCUUACGGCAACCAGGAGAGCAAGCUGAUCAUCCUCGCUUCGCAGGGACCGAUCGAGUUGGUCAGGAUCAUGAGGUCCUAUGAUUAUGAGAAGUUGCUGUGGACCACAUCCAGAGUUUUGAAGGUUCUUUCGGUAUGUUCGAGCAACAAACCCGCGAUCGUGGAGGCCGGAGGUAUGCAAGCCCUCGCGAUGCACUUGACCAACGCGAGCGCCCGUCUGGUGCAAAACUGCCUGUGGACGUUGAGGAACUUGUCCGAUGCCGCCACGAAAGUGGACGGUUUGGAGGCCCUCUUGCAAUCGUUGGUGACCGUUUUGGGAUCGCAAGACGUCAAUGUGGUGACCUGCGCGGCCGGCAUUUUGUCCAACUUAACGUGCAAUAAUCAACGGAACAAAGUUACCGUCUGUCAAGUUGGAGGCGUCGACGCCCUCGUAAGAACAAUCGUGAACGCCGGCGACCGGGAGGAGAUCACCGAGCCGGCAGUGUGCGCCCUGCGUCACCUCACUUCGCGUCACGUGGAAUCGGAGAUGGCGCAGAACGCCGUGCGUCUGAACUACGGCGUCCAGGUGAUCGUCAAGCUGCUGAACCCGCCGUCCAGGUGGCCGCUGAUGAAGGCCGUGAUCGGUUUGAUCAGGAACCUGGCGCUCUGCCCGGCGAACCACGCGCCGCUCCGGGAGCACGGCGCCAUCCACCAUUUGGUUCAGUUGUUGAUGCGGGCCUUCCAAGACACUCAGAGGCGUGCCAGCGUGGCAAGUGGUGGUAGCAAUCAACCGGGUACUUAUGCCGACGGAGUUCGAAUGGAGGAAAUCAUAGAGGGCACUGUGGGUGCUUUGCAUAUCCUUGCAAGAGAGUCGCAUAAUCGUGCCAUCAUUCGACAGCAAAUGGUUGUCCCAAUAUUCGUUGGACUUCUGUUCAACGACAUCGAAAACAUACAGCGCGUCGCAGCCGGCGUUCUUUGCGAACUUGCCGCCGAUAAAGAAGGCGCCGAAAUGAUCGAGCAAGAGGGCGCCACCUCCCCACUAACCGAACUGCUGCAUUCGAGAAACGAAGGUGUUGCCACCUAUGCGGCAGCGGUGUUGUUCAGAAUGAGCGAAGACAAGCCGCAAGACUACAAAAAGAGACUGUCCAUGGAGCUGACCAACUCCUUGUUCCGCGAAGAGAACCUCUGGAACCCCGAUCUUGGAAUCGGUUCCGAACUACAGGAAAUUUUGAGUCCUGAGCACUACGAUAACCUGUAUCCACAAGAUCCCCCAAGUGUACACAGCAGCCAUGGCAGUAGACCAUACCAACAGCAAGGGUAUGACCAGAUACCAAUAGACAUGCAAGGUUUGGAGAUCGGUUCCCACGGAGGCGGCAACGGCUCCACCUACAGUGCAAUAGAUGCGAUGGAAGUCACCAGCGGUGAACCGGAUCUCAACUUUGACGGUAUCGAUCAGUUGCCUACCCCGCCACAAGACAACAAUCAAGUGGCCGCGUGGUACGACACUGACUUGUAA